UCAUCGGCUAACUCGUCCUGAAAUAUCCCAAAAUACCGCAAAACCUAAACUCCAGUCACCAGGGAAACUGUUCAAAACACAGAGAAGGUUUGAUCUGAACACUGCCUGGACACACACAGGGACACACAUCUUCACACACACGUACACGUAGAGACACACACCCACUCAAACACACACUCUGUGGUGAUGUCUGAUUCGGAGGGGUGUGUGUCGGUGUGGGAGUGGCUGUGUGUGCUGCAUCUGGACCAGUAUCUCCCAGUGUUCCAGGACGCCGGGUUUGGAACGUUGUUGGAAUGCCAAGGGCUGACCCAGGAUCAGCUGGAGACGAUUGGAAUCACAUUGCCUGGACACCGCAAACGCAUCCUAGCUAGUCUGCAAAAAACACAUCACACACACCCCGAGAGAGAGCACGAUGCCCUACUCACACACUUGGCUGCAGAGGGAGACCAGAAAGAGGAAGAGAGAGAUGUGUUCAGACCCAGUCCUUUGGGGAGAGAGACACUACUACCUGCACAGAGACCAGUAUCCAGAGGAGAGAGACCAGUCCCUAAGGAGAGAUCAGUGUUCAGGGAAGAAGAGAGGGAUGGAGAGAGACCGAGACCAGUCCCUAAGGAGAGGUCAGUGUUCAGGGAAGACGAGAGGGAUGGAGAGAGACCGAGACCAGUCCCUAAGGAGAGGAAUAAGUACCGCUCUGUCCCUGUAGAGACAUUGGACUGUGGCCAGACUUCCCCCCAUCCCAACCCUACCUUUUGCCCUACCACCCCCAAUCCCAACUCUACCUCCUAUUCUACCACCCCCCAUUCUACUGCCCAGGACCCCCCCUUACCCCCCAUCCCCCCUCGCAGCACCCCAAAAGGCCCCCCACUACGCUUCAUCCCCACCUCCCCUAAACACUCCCCCAUGGCACCCAAACCCAGAUGUAAACAUAACAAUACACACUCCUCUACAAACACCCCGACCACUGUACCCCUCCCUAGCCUCUCCACCAAUCCCCCCACUGUACCCCUCCCUAGCCUCUCCACCAAUCCCCCCACUGUACCCCUCCCUAGCCUCUCCACCAAUCCCCCCACUGUACCCCUCCCUAGCCUCUCCACCAAUCCCCCCACUGUACCCCUCCCUAGCCUCUCCACCAAUCCCCCCACUGUACCCCUCCCUAGCCUCUCCACCAAUCCCCCCACUGUACCUCUCCUUAGCCUCUCUCCCUCUCCUGUUUCACCAGCCAGACACCCCCAGCAGGUGGGGGAGGAAGGAAGAAAGCCCUCCCCUGUUUCACCAGCCAGACACCCCCAGCAUGUGGGGGAGGAAGGAAGAAAGCCCUCCCCUGUUUCACCAGCCAGAUACCCCCAGCAGGUGGGGGAGGGAGGGAGAAAGCCCUCCCCUGUUUCACCAGCCAGAUACCCCCAGCAGGUGGGGGAGGAAGGAAGAAAGCCCUCCCCUGUUUCACCAGCCAGACACCCCCAGCAGGUGGGGGAGGGAGGGAGAAAGCCCUCCCCUGUUUCACCAGCCAGACACCCCCAGCAGGUGGGGGAGGAAGGGAGAAAGCCCUCCCCUGUUUCACCAGCCAGACACCCCCAGCAGGUGGGGGAGGAAGGGAGAAAGCCCUCCCCUGUUUCACCAGCCAGACACCCCCAGCAGGUGGGGGAGGAAGGGAGAAAGCCCUCCCCUGUUUCACCAGCCAGACACCCCCAGCAGGUGGGGGAGGAAGGGAGAAAGCCCUCUCCUGUUUUGCCCUCUUCCUCCUCCUCUUCCUUCUCAGUUGAACAAUAUGACCAGUCUUCCUCUUCUGAUCAAGACGUGCCCACCCUCCCCCCUAAAGUCUACGUGGUGGGGGCGGGCCCUAAAGAGCCUCGCGGCCCUGCUCCAAUCUCACGUCGACCUCCUGUCUUGCCCCCCAGAACCACACACACACAUAGCGAUGCUCCAGUCGAUGAGCCGCACACAGAGCGAACUCCACCCCCCCCGCCUCGGACCAGGGUACACAACACACCAGUCAACACGCAGCCUGCUCUGCCCAUGAGAAGAGUCCCCCAGCCACCGCCUGAAAUCAGGUCAGAUUUUGGUGACAGUUCAGAUGACUCUGAGGAUCCAGACCAAGUUUACCCCAAACCCCAGUCUGUGAACAUGGCAGACAGGGAUAUGUUCCUGCCGGUGCCGGGGUCGGGGAAGGGGCGGUACAGCUCUCUCUGCAGCGACGAUGAACUAUUGGACGAUGACAACGAGCCAAUCAGCAACCGUCGGAGCUCAUGGCAGGACUAUGGUCUGAGUACGCUACAGGAGAGUGUCUACCUGCCGGUGACAGGCAGGGUCCUAGCCCAGCCCCCUAGAGAUGGCCCCUCCCCUGAACCCUGCCCUGUUCUAAAGAUGGGCUGGCUGGAUAAGAACCCACCGCAGGGGUCUCUGUACUACCAGAGGAGAUGGGUGAAGCUGGAUGUUGACUACCUGAGAUACUUUGACAACGACAAGGAGGUAUACUCUAAGAGGAUCAUACCAACGGCUGCCAUUACGGGGGUGACCAACGUGGGGGAGCAGAAGUUUGAGGUGGUCACAACCAACCGGACCUUUCUCUUCAGAGCCGAGAGCGACUUUGAGAGGAAUGAGUGGGUGUCAGUUCUGCAGAACUUCACUAGGGGGCGCCAGGAGGGCAGCAGGGAGAUUCCUUCAUCGAUCCCACCCUCCUCACUGACCCCUGGUUCACCCCUGACCCCUGAACAGCAGGGCUACCUGGAGCUGAGGGGCCUGCGCUCCAAACUCUACACGGUCGUCUACGGAGACAAGGUCUUCCUCUACAAGAACAUGGAGGACUACCGCCUUGGCAUCGGCAUCACGUCUAUCGACAUGAACGUAGGAAACGUGAAAGACACUGACCGCCGCAGCUUUGAUCUGACAACACCCUACCGCAUCUUCAGUUUUCUAGCGGAUUCAGAACAGCAUAAGGACCAGUGGGUAGAAGCGAUGCGUGACGCGAUUGGAGAGGCUCUGUCCAAUAGCGAGGUGGCUAAUCAAAUCUGGGCGGAGCGUAGCAAUGGUUGCUGUGCCGACUGUGGCGCCGCCAAACCUGAGUGGGCUGCCAUCAACCUGUGUGUGGUGGUCUGCAAACGCUGUGCAGGAGAGCACCGUGGUUUGGGCCCCAGCAUCUCUAAGGUGCGCAGUCUGAAGAUGGACAGGAGGGUGUGGACAGAGGAGCUUAUACAGGUGUUCCUGUUGCUAGGUAAUGAGCGUCUGAACAGAUUUUGGGCGGCGAACGUCCCUCCCAGCGAGGCGCUGAGUCCGACCAGUUGCAGCGAAGACCGCCGACGAUUCGUCAGCUCCAAAUACAGACAGGGCAAAUACCGCAAAUACCACCCCCUCUACGGCAACCAGGAAGAGCUUAACAACGUAAGAACAACCUUUAUAUAACCCUG